CCUUAAAAGAAAAAAAAUCUCUGACUGCCUUACAAUGAUUUAGAUGUAACUCUACACUGUUGUGUCUCUUAGAACAGGACUGAGGUCUUAGGUUUGCUACAUAUAAAAGUCCAGAAAUCUGAAGCCUUGUUUUUUUACAUUGUCAUCGGUGGACUGCAGUUUCAAGGUAGAAAUGCUCAGCCAUAAUAUGUCUUCUAGCAAAUAAAAAACACCACAUGGACUGCAGACAAAGCUCUAUUUAGACCUGAGUCUGAAACCAUCCAAUUAUGUUAAGCCAAUCAAAUAAGCAUCGUUGUAGGGGCGUUAAGGGAUCAUUUCCUGAAAACAUAAAAAUAGCUUCAUCAAUACAUGGACAUAUUGAUCAGUAAUAAGCAUUGUUUGAUAUCCCUUCCAGAGAAAACGUGUCCUGCAGGAUGGAGCAUGUACAGUUGUACGUGUUAUCUCCUCUCUCAAGCAUCUGGUUCCUGGGAUAAAGGCAGGACGGACUGUAAAAACAGAGGAGCAGAUCUGGUGGUGAUAAACAGUCCUGAAGAACAGGUACAGUGUGCAUGUGUGUGUUUUAGUGUGUUUGCAAAUAAACAGAAAUUCGUCUCUCUAGCUAAAAUGUGUUUUCUUCACAUUGAACAGACAUUUCUCACUACGUUCACCAAGAAAUCAACUUGGAUUGGUUUGACUGACAGAAAAACAGAAGGGAGCUGGGUGUGGGUAGAUGGAACUCCUCUGACGUUGCAGUAAAGGUUCACUUUGGUUCAGAAUUGAUAUUAACAUACACACUGGGACACAAAUACUUCAACAACUGAACAAACUCACACCAUAUUUGAUAUUUUAUCAUCUUGUAAACAUUUUACAGUAAAUACCAUGGCACAGAAAUACUCCAUUCACGCAUCCACGAGACGUGAACCCAACAUAAGCAUUCAUUGUGAGUUUUCAGACAGCAGCAAGACUGAAAGAUGUUAAAAUGCUUGAAAGAGCUGCAGUGUUGGGUCAUAAUUCUCAGUGGAUUCAUCAUCCAAAGCAUAGGCUUUUUUUUUUCU